ACAUGAUGUGAGGUGAGGUACAUCAUGGGCGACGGAGUGCGUCAAGGUACGGACCGGGGGGUAAGUGCUCAGAAACCGGCGGAUCCACCUUGAGAGGGAGCUAAGGGACCACGCCAAAAAGUUUUGGGGUGGAACGUGCAGGUGGGCGGCCUGUGGGAAUCUCGGAGCUCUUUGUUUUCUUUUCUUUUUUCCGUUUCCUUUUUGGAGGGAACAACUAGGGGAUGUAUUUUUGGGGAUCGGUGUAUUUCUUGGGGAGAGAAGGGUUGGGUGGGAUGGGAUGGCAUGGUCGAUGCUUGCGAAGCUCCUACCCUCUCGAAACCCCGACUACUGCCGGCAAGCACACGCUACGCACACGACGACGACGAAGACGACGAAGACGGGGAAAAAGCAACGGAAUCCGCAGCAAUUGAGAGGGAUUGGGAUGGAAGGGAGGAAGAGGGAGGGAGGUAUGUACCUCUACCUGGACCACUGACCUACUUUUGAGCUGCACCUCGCCGAAGUUAUCGCUUGAGAAUUGGAAUGGGGAGGGAAGAAGGGGGUGGCAGGCCAGCAAUGGCAAGAGAGGGAAAAUUGCCUGGGGGGCAGAAAGAGACAGGCACUGGUUGUUGAGAGGUUUAAGUGGACCUCGUACCUUUUUCAAAGUCACUCAGUCGACUCACUCUUUCUGGGAGGGCGAGACUGGGAGAAAUUGGGCAGACACACACACACACACACGCGCGCGCGCGCUGGGAAUCGAAUCCCCGGUGACAUUGUCACGGCCAGCAAAUUACUGGACCUUUUUGAUUUCCUUUCUCUCUGUCUCUCUUUUCCUUCCAGUUUUCGUUUUUAUUUUUCUCCCCCUCCCCCCUUCUCGGAACUGAUGUUCUCCAAACACCGCAAUGCCUGACUGGGACAUUGACAUCCAUCGAUGUGAAGGGAGGGCAUCUUGGGUGGAACAGGCGAACGGAUGGCACUGGAAGAGCUGGAAGGUAGGAAAAGAUGGAGCUUGUGGGCGAUGCGGGUGCGAUGCGAUGCCGUGCGGUAGCGGUAAUUGCGACUGCGAGUCGCUGCCGCCGUGCAUCAAACUCGCCCCGAUUUUCUUUGCUUCCAGAGGCUUCUUUACCUUGUUUCCCGUCGGCUGCGUCUGUUCAUUGUUUCUGGUCUGAUCGAGAUCAGACAGACCGCGGGUCCAUCCUGUUACCGGAACCAUCGCUUUUGCACCGGCGGCGUCCAGCGCGGGGAUUAGUUUCCGGUGAUACAAAUCCCCCGGAGGAGAGGGGGGCACUCUAGAGCCGCGGGGUGGUACUGGCUUCGGGCGUUUCUCAAUCUUGUCGUGGAACAACAGACGGUGUCCCGGAUGUCAGGUCCCCAAUGGGAAUCGGUCCAGGAGCCGGACAUUGGUUGGUGCUUGUUAGCCAUGGCGCCGGGAAUGGGAAUUGGGAUGGUCCAAAGCACAGUCAUCAGUCUCAAGUGAGACGACCGCACUGCGUACCCAGACGAGAUUUCGACCCCCUCCCCCCCCUUCACAUAGCACGGCGGUUGGGGAGAGCGUUCGUUCGCCCUGAGAAUGGGACGGUUGCAUGGGUUGCACUCCGGACGAACAAAAAGGGUCUCACAGUCUUACUCUCUCGAAUAUGCCAUGGUAUGCCACUCUCCAAAGAUCCCCAAGCCACGACGGAGCUAUUUGGGAUGCGCGCGCUCUGUGUGAAAGUGUGCGCUCGCAUAUGGUGGUCCUCUUUUCUCGAGUGAGGAUGCGCAAUGCCCGGUGGUCGGCGGAGUGACAAUGGGGGAGGACCGAAAAUCGGCGGAGGUGGAUGCCGCACGCCGGGUUUCGGGGCAUGCGAGAGCAUGGGUGACAGGAUGCCCGUCGACUCACAGUCCUCGGGCCCUUGGCCUCAUCUCCGUCGUUGUUCGUUUGUUUCGGCCGUUGUUUCUUCGCAGCGCUUCGCAGUUACGACUUUAUCGCCGCAUUGUCCCACUGCAGUUCAGGUUUUAUUUCUUGUUUCCUUUUCCCCCCUUUCCCUCCUAUACACCUCCUCGAUUUUGCUCUCGGGAGCGGGUAUCGAUCGAGCUACCCCUUUCCUCUUUUGGUCGUCUGAUGUAUCAUCCAAGUGGCCAGCCAUGUAUCCGUCCAUCCACGCGUGCACCGACGAUGCCUAAAAUGCCUCGUUCGCUGACGGGUACCACCCUCAAUCGAAUGCAGAGAAGGAUGGCGAAGGAGGCUGUUCUAGCGACCGCCUCGACCCACUCAUAUAGCCGUGAGCGUAAGACAGUGGAUUAGCGUUGGGCGAGUGUCCAGGACUCCAGAAAAAGAGAGAGAGAGAGAGAGAGUGUGUGUGUGUGUGUGCGUGUGAUUGCGGCGUGUUCGGAUUGACUACGGUGUCAGAACCCUGGCUGGACAGCCGAGCUGGUGGAUGUUGAUCCUACCUGACAAUCCAGUCCGAGGCCAUUGGGUAGAGCGGCGGAUGAGAGAUACGGUCAAACCAAAUGUCAUCGUUGUCGUUGGCAGAGCAGAGGUGCACCAAGGCAAGCGCUGGUCGGGUCGCGAUAAAGCUAGGGUGUGGUCUAAGGUUUGCCAUGGCUGGCCUGGCACGCGCCUCCCGACCAUUGUGCGGUCAAGCGCCAGCCCGGCUUGGUCUCAACUUGGACUGGUCGGGGCGGGGGCAGGGGGCAAACACGGGAGGUCGAGGCCGAAUAUUGCGGUGACCGGCGGACUACGCCCGCCUCUGCUUCUUUUCUCCUCUUGAUGGUAAUCCCAGCAAGGACUGGCUGGCGUGUUGGAAACUGUGGUUGCAGUUUUGUUGGACCUUCUCUCUCAUUCCCACGCAUUUCUCACCAUACGACUAUCUCACUAUCUUGCAGCGUCUCCUCACUUUUACUCCCACUCUCACUGUCACUCUGGGGCCCUCCCAGCGGCAUAUCCUUAGUGGGCGGGGGGGAUGAAAAGAGUGAGGUAAGAGUCAGGACUCGCUUUUGUAGGUACGCAGCCCAGACGGGUGCGCACUGCUGACAGCCCAGGUACCGGUACAUGGUCAUCAUGAUAGGCGCGUUGCUUGGCCCCUACGGGCUGAGUGCUGAGUGCUGCUGGACAUGGACCUGGACCUGACCUGACCUAAGCUCCAUAUUUGGGCUAGGCACUAUGACAGCGCGCAAGGUACCGGACGCCCUGUGCAAGUUUGUCUCGGUGCCCGGUCCGAGUCGGUGGUGUGGGUUGCGGGUGCGAAUCAUGGGUCUUGGAGGUACACAAGUACCUACCUAUCCACACACAACUGAUGGUCCGCCAGAAACAAGCGGGGUCCAAGGGUCCAGCACCCAGGUGGUACCUUGCCGUUGUGGCCGCUCGCUCGCUUGCUGCCCUGCCCGUCGUUGCCCGUCCAUCCCAUCGCAUCUCCCUCCAUGUUGUUCCCUUGCCUGCCCUUCCCUGCGCACUGGACAUUCAACACUUCAACGAAAACCUGGCCAAUCACAGCGCCUCGUUGGCCCCGAACUUCCCCAACUCUUUCGGCCGUCGCAUGACGGAAGUCUCCAUCCCCAUCCCCCUCCAUUCCACACCACCCAAAAGUCUCACCUAAAAAAAUUAAAAAACACCGGCCGACUUUUGUAGGUGCGAAAGACUAGAGGUGUGCGUGGGUGUCACUGCACCACCAGAAAUUCACCGGUGGUGUGUUCUUGACGCAGCGCCGACCAAACCGAUCGGAUCCCGACCCAGCUCCUACAGCUCCCCGGCUAAUCAACACCGCCAAAGUCAACCCGCAAGACGACCACCAAGGACACCACGACUACCACAAACCAUUUCCGUCACCACCAACCGGCCUGUCCUGUCCCGUUCUGGUCUGCCUUGUCCUGUCUUGUCUGUGUGUCAGUCGUCGGCCGGGUUCACCAAUCCUGCCCGCCACCGUUCCUGCCGCUGCAAAGCAUUGUCUGGCAUUGUUGGAGACCAGACAAUCUUGGGGAUUGAGACUGGGAUUGGACCUUCUUUUUUCGGCGUGGAACUGGGCGCCGCAGCAGUGGGUGUGCUUGGGCUAGGCCUCAACUCCGAGUAAAACUUGACUUUUUGCUGCCAUUUCCAUCCUCCCUCAGAUACUUGGGACGCCAACAAUAUCCCUGCACCUCACACAAACCUCACACGCACACGCAGACGCCAGAACCCCCCUCCCUCCCUUGCCGAUUCCCCGUUGGAGAAGAAGCCCAGCAAAGAAAAACAAGUAGAGAAGAGGGAGGAGUGAAAGAUACCUUUCCCAUCCCACAAGUUACUUACUGCCUGGGUCCUCCUCAACUACUUACGACGUCGUCCUCCAUUUCUUCUACGCCGACCCUCUCACACUCGACCUCCUUUUCUCCCCUCUCCUUUCUUUCCUGCCAGUCAGCCCAGCCCGUCUUGCUUCAAACCCCCCACGCUCUAUCGUCACGAACGAUAUCCUCUGCCAGGUCGACAUCAGUAAGAAGAAGCUGGGCCUUGCCGUCGUGCGUCGCUGCUUCCCAAACCCCGAAACCAGUAACAACACUUGCCAGACUUUUUCUUCUUCCCUUAUCGAGAUCCUCUUCGCCGACGAAGCUCGACUUUCUUCACAAUGCCUUCGGCCACCACCCCCGCCAACGGCGCCAAGGCAGCCAGCGGCCUGUCUGCCAACGACAACAUCACACGCUUCUCGGCUCCCAGCCGUCCUUUGAGCCCUCUCCCCGAACAUGCUUUGUUCAACGACAAGACCAGAUGCUUCGUCUACGGUCUGCAGCCCCGCGCCGUCCAGGGCAUGCUCGACUUUGACUUCAUUUGCAAGCGCAAGACCCCCUCCGUUGCCGGCAUCAUCUACACCUUCGGUGGCCAGUUCGUCAGCAAGAUGUACUGGGGAACCAGCGAGACUCUCCUGCCCGUCUACCAGGAGGUCCCCAAGGCCAUUGCGAAGCACCCCGACGUCGAUGUCGUCGUCAACUUCGCCUCUUCCCGAAGUGUCUACACCUCCACCAUGGAGUUGAUGGAAUUCCCCCAGAUCAAGACCAUUGCCAUCAUUGCUGAGGGUGUCCCUGAGCGUCGUGCCCGUGAGAUUGCCCACAAGGCUCAGCUGAAGGGCAUCACCAUCAUUGGCCCCGCCACUGUCGGUGGUAUCAAGCCCGGCUGCUUCAAGAUCGGUAACACCGGUGGUAUGAUGGACAACAUCGUUGCCUCCAAGCUCUACCGCAAGGGCUCCGUCGGUUACGUCUCCAAGUCUGGAGGUAUGUCCAACGAGCUCAACAACAUCAUCGCCAACAACACCGACGGUGUCUACGAGGGUGUUGCCAUCGGUGGUGACAGAUACCCUGGAACCACCUUCAUCGACCACCUGCUCAGAUACCAGGCCGACCCCGACUGCAAGAUCCUUGUCUUGCUCGGUGAGGUUGGUGGUGUUGAGGAAUACAAGGUCAUCAAGGCUGUCGAGGACGGCGUCAUCACCAAGCCCAUCGUUGCCUGGGCCAUUGGUACCUGCGCCAGCAUGUUCAAGACUGAGGUCCAGUUCGGUCACGCCGGUGCUUUCGCCAACUCCACCCUGGAGACGGCCAAGACCAAGAACGAGAAGAUGAAGGAGGCCGGCUUCUACGUCCCCGAGACCUUCGAGGACAUGCCCCAGGUCCUCAAGGCUCUCUACGACAGCCUGGUCAAGAACGGUACCAUCAAGCCCCAGCCCGAGCCCGUCGUUCCCAAGAUCCCCAUCGACUACUCCUGGGCUCAGGAGCUCGGUCUCAUCCGUAAGCCCGCUGCCUUCAUCUCCACCAUUUCGGACGACCGUGGCCAGGAGCUCCUGUACGCUGGCAUGCCCAUCUCGGAUGUUUUCAAGGAAGAGAUUGGCAUCGGCGGUGUCAUGUCCCUGUUGUGGUUCCGUCGCCGCCUGCCCCCCUACGCAUCCAAGUUCCUCGAGAUGGUUCUCAUGCUCACUGCCGACCACGGUCCCGCCGUGUCCGGUGCCAUGAACACCAUCAUCACCACCCGUGCCGGCAAGGACCUCAUCUCCUCGCUCGUCGCCGGUCUGUUGACCAUUGGUUCUCGCUUCGGUGGUGCCCUCGAUGGCGCCGCCGAGGAGUUCACCAAGGCCUUCGACAAGGGCCUGAGCCCACGUGAGUUCGUCGACAACAUGCGCAAGGCGAACAAGCUCAUCCCCGGUAUUGGCCAUCGCGUUAAGUCCCGCAACAACCCUGAUCUCCGUGUCGAGCUCGUCAAGGAGUACGUCAAGGCCAAGUUCCCUAACCACAAGCUGCUCGACUACGCCCUGGCCGUUGAGACCGUCACCACCUCCAAGAAGGACAACCUCAUUCUCAACGUCGAUGGCUGCAUUGCCGUCUGCUUCGUUGACCUCAUGCGCAACUGCGGCGCCUUCUCCUCGGAAGAGGCUGAGGACUACCUCAAGAUGGGUGUUCUCAACGGUCUGUUCGUCCUCGGCCGUUCCAUCGGUCUCAUUGCCCACUACCUCGACCAGAAGAGACUGCGUACUGGUCUGUACCGUCACCCGUGGGACGACAUUACCUACAUCCUCCCCCAGCUCGGUUCCGGCCCGCCAGGCGCCGAGGGCAGAGUGGAGGUUCAGAUGUAAGGGAUUCAUGGUUAGCGGCGGAAGGUUACGGAUUGCCACGGGAUGUGGCUAUAGAAAUGGAGUAAAUGAUUUUAACGUCAUGCGAGGGAUGAGGGUGUGCUAAAUGGCGUCUUGUACGACAAGCUAUAUACAUGUAGUGCUGCGUAGUCCCUCCGGGAUAUACU